AUGACUAGAGGUCCAACAGCGCUCUUCGACCUACCGGAAAUGGGUUUAAUAGAGACGGAUGACCAAAACACGACAGAGGCGCUGGUCGUCAUCUCGAGUGUUAAGAAACAUAACAGUGUUGUUAGUUCCAGUAUUAUGUUCUCGUUCGGAGUAUUUGGCAAUCUUUUAGCGAUGAUUGUGCUUCAGCGGUCUCCGAGUGACCAAAAGAGAAAGUUGUUUUACCGCCUGGUCGCGGGUUUGACCCUCAAUGAUUUAUUUGGGACCGUUUGUCUCAGUCCGUUCGUAAUAGCUACAUAUGUGAAUGAUUUCAAAUGGAUCGGAGGAACGCUAUCAUGCAAAUAUUUUGGAUUCAUGAUGGUGUUUGCUGGUGUUGCGACCUCAACUAUUGUGUGUUUGAUGGCUAUUGAGAGACUUCUGUGCAUCAGACACCCUUAUAUGUAUUACGCCAGAUUAAGAAAGAAACAUGCAACAUUCUUCCUGUUAGGAGCUUGGGCCUUCGCAGGACUUAUUGCGAGUUUGCCGUUGAUGGGGUUUGGGGAAAUUGUGCUAAAAUAUCCAUAUACAUGGUGCUUUAUUAAUUAUUACACAAAUAACGACGUUUCCAGAGCUUAUAAUUAUCUAUUUGCUCUUUUAGAAUUAUGCACUAUAAGCAUUACAGUCAGUUGCAAUGGAGUUGUUUUGUAUUCGCUCUUAAAGACUAAAAUGCGCGGAAUAUCACGGAAGCGGAGCGGAGAUUCACGAACUUUUUCCGGAUAUUCCCGGCGAUACACAGAAUUCCAAAUGGCGGCUCUACUCAUUGGCAUCACAAUUGUUUUCAGCUCGUGCUAUCUCCCACUUAUCAUCCGAAUUGUCAUUAACCAGACAAAGCUGCUACCGGUGAAUCUUCAAUUUGACCUACUCAUCAUCCGGUUCGCCUCUCUAAACCAGAUCUUAGACCCUUGGGUAUAUAUCCUUCUCCGACGCGAAGUUGUGUGGAAAGUAGGUCACGCCAUCUCGACAGUUUUCUCACGGAAUUCUACGGACAAGAGUUUGGACAGGCUUCAACCACGGGAACCCAUGAUGACUUUAAGGACAGAGGAACACAAUACAUGCUGCUCCUUCUGUUACCACUGUCUUUGUGACCCACCGCAACUCCCGAGACAAGGAUCCGUAUGUAGUCUAUACGGUGAUGACAAAUCGUUGGCUAUGAGGACGAGCCCAAGAUUGGGCUCAGCGGCAGAUUUGACACAAGCUCUUACCAUAACACAUACGACAAAUGAUAUAAUAAGGAGAGACAGAAUAGCCAAAUUAAGGCAGCAGGCGGCUUCAGUUCAGCUUGGUGUUCCGGCAGAACCGUAUUCGAAGGAGAAAAUCGUGGUGUGUUUACAACCAAGGGAAUCAAUUGUGAAAGUACUAACCAAUGGUAAGGGCGACGGCAAAACAGUUCUGUCAUCAAAGAGAUACGACACAUCUGUACCAGAUAGUGAGAGUGGUGAUGGGUCUGGCAUGUGCCGUGUUUAG